AUGUUUUUAUGUCCAGCUUCUGCUAACUCUCAAAAUAAAGAGGAAGGGAGAAUUAUCGGUGGUCACGAAUCCAAACCCUACAGCCAUCCCUACCUAGUGUCUCUUCAAAGCAGAGUCCUAUUUCUCCGGUUUCACGUAUGCGGAGGAAGCAUACUCAAUGAACGAUGGGUGUUAACAGCAGCUCACUGUACCAAAGAAUCAUGGUUGGUUCGCUGGCUGCCAAUGGAUGCAGUUGCUGGAGAUCAUAACGUCCAUAACAUCGGCCCUAGAGCUCAGAUCAAUCCUAUUGAUCUACGAAUUGAACAUUCGUUGUACAAGGGAGGAAUCGGCCCGCAUGAUAUUGCAGUACUUCGGGUGAAAGACCCAUUCAUAUUCACAGAUGAAGUGCAGCCAAUAAAUCUUCCGUUUAACCAUAAAAUAAGUAAUGACGACUCACUGAUAUUGGCCGGUUGGGGCGUGUUAAAGACGACUAUAUUCAUACCAGAUCUUCCAAAUGGAUUGCAAGAAGUCAAAGUUACUUAUAUGCCAUUUGAUCAAUGUCGUAAAGCCGUUGACCAAAUAAAAGAUGCUUAUGAAUAUAACCCUCUAAACAAAGAUUCUAAUAUCUGCACUGGACCUAUUACCGGAGGGGUCGCUGCUUGUGGGGGUGAUUCAGGCGGACCUCUUAUCCAAAUGGUCCCUAAAAACAAAAAUGGCAGUAAAAAAGAUGAUAAUAAUACAGUUGAACAAACAGUGGAUGAUGAGGAAAAGAUACCUGUAGUAAGGGGAGUAGUAUCAUGGGGUAUGACUCCAUGUGGUGAUAAAGGAGCUCCGACUGUUUAUACAAAAAUAUCAAAAUAUAUUGACUUCAUUAACGCACAUAUUAAGUUUUAA